GCGGGGGUCAUCUCUACGACCGUCGAAGGGAUGCUGUACGGCUUCUCGAUCUUCAUGUUCGGCAUGACCAUGUGGAUACUCUGGAGCCGCCGCUCGACGCCCAACGUGAACUGGACGAUGGUCGUCGCCUCCGUCAUCUUCGCGGUCCUGAGCACCAUGCACAUGAUCGCCGACGUCGUCCGCCUCGAACAGGGGCUGAUCGAGCACCGCGACACGCCGGGCGGCCCCGACGCGUGGUUCGCCGACAUCAGCCACUUCACGUUCGUGUUCAAGAUCCUGAUAUACCUCGUCACUGCGGUCCUUGGGGACGCCAUCGUCAUCUAUCGGUGCUAUAUGGUGUGGCAGUCGUGGUGGUUCGCGCUGUUCCCCGGUUUGAUGAUCACGGGUGUCGCUGCCACGGGCAUCGGCGGAUUGUACCGCAUCAUCGAAUCGAGCCCGCAAGACCCGUCCUCCUACGACUCCGUCCAGACGUGGAUCACGGCGUUCUACGCCACGACGCUCAGCACAAACUUCUUCUGCACAUGCCUGCUGGCGUACCGCAUCUGGUCGAUCAGCAGCAACGUCAAAAAAUAUAAUGCAGCCCCCGCGGUGCGGGGCGGCGUCCCGGUGCUGAUGAUCGUCAUCGACUCGGGGCUGAUGUACGCCGCCGUGCACCUCAUCACCCUCGUCUGCUGGGUCCUCCAGAACAGCAUGAGCUACAUCUUUGUCGACCUGGCGAUGCCCAUCAUCUGCAUCUCGUUCUACAUGGUCAUCGUCCGCAUCGGCAUG